AUGCUGAAAGAAACUUACUUCAAGCUUCAGAACCUUGAAGUAUUUCCUAGUAUCCUCCCAGCAGCCCGACAACUGCUGAACCAAAUGCUUUCUGGUUCCCUUCUAGAUGCGAUCAAAGAAUCCCAUUCCAAUAUUCUUGGUAUAGACGAGUUCACGCCAGCCAAACUGGCGGAAUUUGUCCGGACAGCCGAAGCCAAAACAAAGACCGAAUGGGAGGACUAUCUUGCGAGAAGGAAAUCUGGAUCCCCGAGGGAGCUCUUCCAUGAUGCAGAACGUGCCAGACACUGGCUUAGGCAGAAUGCCCCUUUGAAGUACGUGGAUGGUGCAUGGCUUGGUCAUAUUCACAAAGUCACAACUCCUUUUGCCUUCCGCAGAGUCACCAAGGACGCGUGGCAAGUGUUGUCAGAAGAGCUCGGAGAUGGUGACCUGCGCAAGAACCAUGUGUUUCUCUACCAACAGCUGCUGGGGCAGGUUUCCUCUCAAUUACCAGCCGGCGACUCCGAAGAUUUCAUUCGACCCCAUCAUGGACUGGACGAUGUUGGUGUUUGGAGAGCUGCUGUAGCUCAAUUGCUUAUUUCACUAUUCCCACACGAAUUUCUACCGGAGAUUCUCGGCUUCAACCUUCAUUUUGAAGGCUUGACUUUUACCACGCUCCAGGUGGCCUGUGAAUUGAAAGAGCUGGGAAUCGAUCCUUACUACUUUCUUAUUCAUAUUACAAUCGACAAUUCCGACUCGGGGCAUACGGCGAUGGCAAUGGAGACCGUUAUCAGAUAUCUCGACAUCGUCCAAACCCAAGAGGGCAACAACGGGGUGCAAAAAGCCUGGAAGCGCAUUCAGGCAGGAUAUGUCUUGUCUGAGCGAUCCGCCACCGUCUCCGUCAGAAGCUUGGAGAAUAAAAAGACAGUGCCAGUAACAGAGGGCCUUGCUGAAGAUGUCACUAAGAUAUUUCAAGCAAAAGCUUGUGCAGCAGACAAGAUCCACUGCGCUAGUCGUAUGACGAUUAGUGGUCGUUCUUUAGCUGAAUGGCUCGAUCCAAUCCACAUCUGCGACAAAAGAUGGCAGCUUGAUUUUCUCUAUGCCCUGGCCAACUGCACACCUUGGGUGAAAAGGGGUGACAGCGAGAACAGUAGGCUCAUUCAUGAACUCUGCUGGGGUGGCCGGAUGUUCGGGUCCUUCACACACCAUGAAGUUGAAACAGUGAAGAAUUGGAUUGACUCGUUGGAUAACUUCUAUAUGUUCUACGUUGGAAGCCAAGACGGCCUGCACGCCACUUCCAAGAGCAGUGAUAUUCGUUAUGAUUAUCCUGUAUUUUCCUCCCUGAGUGUGGAUGAUAUCCUAGGACAAACAGUCCCAUUGUUGCGGGAUGAGGAUCGGUUCAUCCUUUCCAGUGCGAAUAUCACUACAGUUGCGAGGAUCCUUCCAUUAUGGCUCACCCACCCCUGCCUUCUAGAGGGUUUUGUGGCUGUCCCUUUCAAAUCAACCAAUACCCUUCACUGUACGGUGAUACGCCUUCUUCGGAGUCAAUAUGGGUUCGGAAUUGAACGACAUGGCGUCGAAGGCAUUGAUGAGGUCCGUCGAGAUGCGGUUGGUCUCGUCGAGCUAGGACAAGAGUUGAUAAGGAUCUAUGGUGCGGAAAAGGUGGACUCCCUUGGGGAUGCUCUAGAGCGGUGGCCUUCUGAUUUCGCUACCGCAAUGCUACACCUGUCUAUGCAACCUAUGAGGCACAGAGGCUUAUUGCUAGGUAUGACAAGCGCCUUUGUUAGCCUCCAUGAGCAUGUGGCGUCUUCCGACCUCCUACCCCUCAAAAUGAGACUUAUUUUGCAGGGUAUUAUCGUUCGAGAGCAAGAAAGUUUAAAGAUCUGUAGAGAUGAACUGUCUGACGAUGGACAGGAAUAUGGUGACUUUGCUCGGGGCUUUAUGCUAGCGAAACGGGCGAUCUUGCAGUGCUUUGAAUAG